CCACCGGUACCACCGGCACCGGCAGUCGGCUCGUGUAUCCUCCUUUGGCUGAGAGGCCUUGAACAUCCGGCCCGCUCAGGCAGGAGAGCACCAAACCCGGCCCUGCCUCUGAGGGCUUUAGAAAGGCCUUAGAAAGGCUUCAGAAAGUACCUUGCAAGCAGUAAAUGUGGGCAGUACGUUGACAUUGGAAUUCUAGCAUCUGAUUUGCAGAAAACCUACAGAUUAUGGACGAAGAAAAAGAAAUGCCUUUAGAAUACAAGUUGCAAAAGUGUUUGAAAUAAUCAGUAAUGAAAAAGAGCGUGAAGAUUUGGCAGCUUUAGAAUCUGAACAUGUGGCAAAAAGAGCAAGACAGCAAGAGAAAAAUGACACUAGUGGAAGUGGCACAGAUGACUCUGACUAUGAUGAUUAUCCAGAAGAUCUAUCUACAAAUCACAUGAACAGUUCCCUGCUCAGCUUGUACAAGAAAGGAAAUCCUGAUUCUGUUCCAUCCACUCCGAAAAAUGAGCCAGUGGAGACCUCUCCUCGUGUGAGAACAGCACCUCCAACAAGCACCCUCACACCAGAAUCCAGAGGUGAAGGACGAAUCUCUGAUGGUGGCUGGUUCAUUGAUAAAACUCCUGAUGGGAAAGACUUCUUCAUUGACCUUUCUGAGGAUGGAGAAGGAGAGGAAAAGAAACUGAUUUCUGAGAAAUCAACAGAAUUUUCUGUCUUGGAGAGUGAAAGAAAGAAGACAAAGAGCAGAAGAGCAAAAAGGAAAAAAGGAGAAUUUCCAGAUGUAGAUGGAGAAAUUGAAUCUAUGUUACUUAAGAAAGUGAGAAAUAAGGGGUCAGAGCUUUACCACCCUUCAGUGAAGUUUGAGGAUGUAGGAGGCAAUGAUGAAACAUUAAAGGAAAUAUGCAAGAUGCUCCUUCACAUCCGUCAUCCUGAGGUCUACACCCACUUGGGGGUGGUUCCACCUCGGGGCUUUCUUUUGCAUGGGCCCCCUGGGUGUGGGAAGACGCUGCUGGCACAGGCAAUUGCUGGGGAGCUGGAGCUCCCAAUGUUGAAGGUGGCAGCAACAGAGAUUGUGUCUGGAGUGUCAGGGGAAUCUGAGCAGAAACUGAGGGAGCUGUUUGAGCAAGCUGUGUCCAGUGCUCCUUGUGUCCUGUUCAUUGAUGAGAUCGAUGCCAUCACCCCAAAGAGAGAGGUCGCAUCCAAGGACAUGGAGAGGAGGAUUGUAGCUCAGUUCCUGACUUGUAUGGAUGACUUGAAUAAUGUGGCUGCCAAUACCCAGGUCCUUGUUAUUGGAGCAACAAACAGACCUGACUCCCUGGACCCUGCACUGAGGAGAGCUGGGAGAUUUGACAGAGAAAUUUGUUUAGGGAUCCCAGAUGAAGGGGCAAGAGAGAAAAUUCUUCAGACUUUGUGUCGCAAGCUGAAGCUCCCGGAGUCGUUUGAGUUCCGCCAUUUGGCGCGGCUGACUCCGGGCUACGUGGGGGCUGAUCUGAUGGCCCUGUGCCGGGAGGCAGCCAUGGGCACAGUCAGCAGGGUCCUGAUAACAUCUGAGGAGCACAGCACACACUCUGGCGAGAGCAGAGCUGAAGGAAGCCCAGGGAUAGGAGCAGACAUCCUGGAGGAAGAGGGCAUCAACCAACCAGAACUUCCACCUAAGGAUGAAUUGCAGAGACUUUUGGAUUUGCUGAAGGAGCAAGCCCCCUUGCCAGAGGAGCAGCUGCAGAAGCUGUGCAUUGAGAUGAAUGAUUUUAUUGUUGCACUGUCAUCAGUGCAGCCCUCUGCCAAGAGAGAAGGCUUUGUCACAAUCCCUGAUGUGACAUGGGCAGACAUUGGAGCCCUGGAGGAUAUUCGGGAGGAGCUGACUAUGGCAAUAUUGGCACCUGUGAGAAACCCAGAGCAGUUCAAAGCCCUGGGCCUGACUACUCCGGCUGGUGUCCUGCUUGCAGGGCCUCCAGGGUGUGGCAAAACACUGUUAGCUAAGGCUGUGGCAAACGAGUCUGGACUGAACUUUAUAUCUGUGAAAGGUCCUGAGCUGCUAAAUAUGUACGUGGGUGAAAGUGAGCGUGCGGUACGUCAGGUGUUCCAGCGGGCCAGGAACUCAGCCCCCUGUGUGAUUUUCUUUGAUGAAGUUGAUGCUUUGUGCCCUCGGAGGUCUGACCGUGAAUCAGGAGCCAGUGUGCGGGUGGUGAACCAGCUCCUCACCGAGAUGGAUGGGCUGCAGAAUCGACAGCAGGUUUUCAUUAUGGCUGCCACAAACAGGCCAGAUAUAAUUGACCCAGCUAUCCUGCGUCCUGGUAGGCUGGAUAAAACACUCUAUGUGGGUUUGCCACCACCUGCAGAUCGACUUGCUAUCUUAAAAACCAUCACCAAAGAUGGCACCCGGCCUCCCCUAGACAGUGAUGUGAGCCUGGAGGAAAUUGCUUACAGUCAGCACUGUGACUGUUACACAGGGGCAGACCUUUCAGCUCUCGUGCGUGAGGCUUCCAUUUGUGCCUUGAGACAGGAAAUGGCCCUGCAGAAAACUCAAAGCAAGAAGGGAGAAAUCAAGAUUUCUCGUAAACACUUUGAAGAAGCUUUCAGGAAAGUGAAGUCUUCAGUGUCCAAAGAGGAUCAAAUAAUGUAUGAAGAACUGCGUCAGUCGCUGUGCAGGUGAUACGUUUGGACAAUUCCCAAAAGAGACUCUCUACACUGCUGAAGAGUUCUGCAGUGCCUGUUUUCAAGAAGCAGGUUGGAAAGAAACUGUACUAAAUCUAUCCCUCAGCUUUUUAUACUGCACCCAAAAAAAUGGUCAUCACAACCUACUGCUCUAAAGCAUCCUUAAUUUAACUGUCUCCAGAAUAAAAGAUACAAUACAUGCUUCCUUCUUAUAACCA